AUGCAGAACGAGAUACUCGACGCGCAAGAGCGCGCCUCGGAGCUUGCGUGGCGCGCGGAAGGAAACAUGAACGACCUCAAGUUCUUACUUGAAGCAGGCGGCACAUGGAGCAAUGGCGAAGUCACCAUUACUGAUUAUCGUCUUAUAGAGCAUGUGUUGAAGAUCUCCAGAUCUUUCGCCGCUCGAUCGUACAGGGGGCGUCAGUCCACCGCCAGCAGUCUCCGAGUGCCAUCCAACGCAUCCCACAACGAAAACUCGUCAGUCAGCAGCCGCGGCGCGUUUCUGCCACCAGAUUCACACGUAACUCAGCCUGAAGUGCUCAGCGACAUUGUACCAAAUGGUCAAGUUCUCCGUUUCCGACCCCGCAGAUCACCAACGCCGUCUCUCAAGCGAGCCGCCGUUGAGGCUAUCGUCAAGAGUCACGGCUCACCCAACCACAUGCGCGUCACCGCCGGCGGACGAAUUGUUCCCUCUGAGCAAUCGCCUCUCUGCCAGCCUCGCUACGGCUACAGUGCAAUUAAAAUGAAUGGUAGACUCAUCAAAUUCGCACCGAACGGCCGUUUCGGCAACAGACCACAGGAACUAGAGCACGCAACGGACCAGAACGGUCAGGUUGUCGAAGACAUGCACGGCAAUUACUUUCAGAUCGUCAACCACAAGAUCCUCCCACUGCAGACGCGGCCAGAUGGCUCCAUGGAGCUCCACAUGGCAGCAUCAAAUAUCAAUAUGUCGCAACAGCAAGCUCUCCCGCCCCAUGCUCCCAGCAUGCCGCCCUUUCGUCCCGCCGGCCAAUCUGCUGAACCAAUCGUCAAAAAUUCUGUCGUUGUACCUGAGCCGUCGCCUGCUAUGCAGAUCAAGGUGCUCAAAGCAGAACACAAGCGUUAUGAAGAUGAGAUGAGACAGCUCAGCCAGACAGAAGCGGUCCGUGGCCGUGAGAUGUCUCAGCACGACAGAAAUCGCCUCAUUACACGACGCCGCCAGCUUGUGACCGAAGCGGACCAGGUCCGUAGGCGAAUCAAGGAGCUCGAAAGUCGUCCACCGCAAGACGCACCAACUUCGCCACGAGCGAUGCAAGGCAAGCAUUCCAUGCCGACAGCAGGGCGUGGCCGUGGCAAUUUUCAGCCCAUGCUGCAAGGCCCGCUCACGAAUGUCGGCGCGCCACAGAAAUACGGUCCAAGCCUGAAUGGCCCAUCGCCGAGUUUCGUACCCCAAUUUGGGGCCACAAUAUCUCCAGAAGAAGGCUUCACCAAUGCCUGGGCCGUUCCACCAAAUGGUAUAUUCAUGCCACCUCCACCGUUCGAUGGCGCAAUGGCUGGGCCUCUUCCCAACAUGAUGCCACUCACUGGUGCCCUAGCCCCUGUUCACAGUGAAAUUCCCCAAUGCGACGGUGCACGCUCCCUGGCCGAUCACGGAGUGGACUCUCCUGACCGCUCGCGGGCUAUCUCCAUCAAAGCUCCAGAAGGCAAGUCGGGACUCAGAUCCGUGUUGAACCCAAUGAGCCCAGUCUACAAACCAAGCAUGGCGGAUGACCAAAAGAUGGCUGCUCCUGCUGCUCAGCGUCGGGUGGUGACACCUCUUUCACCAAUGCAGAAGCCCGCUGCACCAGUUCCAAGUGCUGUCAACUCGUCGAUCGCGACAGAUGAGACGGUAAGUCCUUCCAAGAGAGAUACUUUGGUGCAGAGCUCGAGCGUUGCCAGCUUCGGAACGUCUGAUUUCUUUCCCGACAACCCACGCGAGUAUUCGGCUCGUCCAUAUGCUUAUGAAAACUCGAAGGAUCGUGAAAAUGACAACCCACAGGACGAUGCCGACGCCAUUACCCCUGUUCGCGAAGCGUGGAAAUCUAGUGCCCCUGACACAGGCAACCGCAAUGAUCCCGCCGCUCCACCUGGUACGCCGAUCUACUACAGUGCGACUACCACUCACGCUCCUCAACCCGCCAAGGCCGAAAGCAGCGACCUGCGCCAUACUCACGCGGAUAUCGCAGACCGCCAGUCUCACAACAUUAGCCCAAAGAGUCGGCGCGAAUUUGUGCUUGGUCAAGAGAAUGGAGGUCAAGAUGGCAAUCCUACCUUCUCGUCGCCACCAGAGGACACGAGCUCGCAGAACUGUGUAAUGGUGGGGAGCUUGCAGGAAAAGUCAGGCGACUGGCUUCAUGGCUGGGCAACCGGCCUACAGCGUCGCGCAUUCGACGAGAGACCCAAAGAAUUCACUUCUGAGUGGCUCGAUGGGUACUGCGAGGGCAUCAAAGCAUCAGUCCAACCCCGAACUGGUCCUACCACUGCUCCGCACCCCUCAACUAUCAGUACCGCCUCACUGACCGCGAUGUCAAACACCGGUAGCCCGAUGAAGGCGCACUCCCGUCGUCCAAGCCCUGCAAUGGCGUCGCGUUCAUCGAGCAGGCUGCAAUCAGUUGAGAAUGCUCCAGGAAUGUCUCGCCCACCGUUUGAGAUCAGCACACGCAGCAUCGAUGGGCUCAAACAAGCCAUCGUUGCACCGCAGAAUGAGAAUGCCGUCCUGACGCCCGCAGCUAAUGGUCUACACGUCUCUGAGACUACCGUCAACCUCGGUGCAUGGGCCAAGAAGCCGCACAAUGGCCCGACCAUGGAGCUUCCUGGACUUGGGUACCCAAUCCCGCAACGCAACAGCACAGCCCUCCGUCAUGGUAUUAUGUCAGAAGGCAACAACGACAUGGGGACAAAGGCUGCGUUCGAUUGUGCUCCCGAGCAGUUGCAGCCCACGCGACCAGCUCUCGCACCCACGCUCAGCACUGCAAGCGUCGCAUCUGGCACCAUUGGUACAGGCGGCGGCAUUUCCACCACCGGCAACCGGAUUUCCAGUCUGGCUAGCAUCGAUUCGAGCUUGCCAGGACAGUGGCCAGCAAAUCGUGUCAUGACUCCCAGCGAAUGGAGGUAUGCGGGUGCAUCGCAGAAUACCAGUAUCACUACAGGCUUCUUCGCACAGUCACAGUUCGAUGGUACGGAUGAUGCCCUAUUGUCUGCUCGCCCUGCAACUCAGCUGACGACCGGUGUCCCAGGAGCUCAGCAACGCGUCACCAGCGAUAGUCACGAUCGCUCGUCUUCCCGUGGUCGUUUCCGAGAGGGUUCGAUCGAUAGAGUCACCAGCCCUCCAACCUCGCCGCGCGUGAUGUCUCCUGCAACAUCGUCACAUGGUACUCCAAUCCAACGCGAUGGCAAGAAGGUCAGCCCUCGCAAGGGCCCUUCGCCAACCAAGGUGAUUGGGAACCUUGCGGAGAGGGUGGGCAUCAAGGUCACUUCUCCGACUCCAUUCGAGACGGGCGACGAGCAGGCCAGUCCUCCUGGUAAGCGGCACUGGGGCAUGCGUGAUUGGAUGAAGAGCAACAAGGGAAACAAUGUCUAA